GCCUUGCCUUGUGGGGCCUCUGCCGUGUCUGGGCCGCCCAGGUAGGGGCAAAAGAUCUCCGCAAGCCCAGAGCUGUGGGUCCCACACUGCUGGGCUGAGUGAAAUGUGCCCUGGGGGUGGGGGUGGGGGUGGGGUUCUGCUUCCUCCUCUCUGGGGAUGAAAGUGCCCAAUACUUGAGGAACCCCUUCUCCUAAAUAAAUAAAUAAAUAAAUAGGUAAAUAAGUAAGUAAGUACUAUGAAAACCAAAAGGGAGGAAGAAAGCCUCCCUCCAGGUCACAUUACUUUAAGAAACUUCUUGUCCCCGGAUGGGGAGGAAAGUAAAAUGCGACCUAAACUUCCUGGAAUUUUCUCUGGCAGCCAAACUAGCCUUUUGCGCUGGCCUUGCCCUCUGCCCGCGUCGCUCCAGCCCCCACGAUGAUGCUCGGGUGGCUUGCGGUGUGUCCCCACCGCUUUCGGGUCUCAGCCUGGAUGUCCCCUCCGGACCCCCACCCCCCCACCCCCACCUCCCUGCUCGCUUUUGUUCCGCAGCGCUCGCCACCUUCCUCGCCACCUUCCGCCAUCCUCUGGAGCAGAAUUACUUACUACUUGCCCGAAGCGAUCGCUCUUCUCUCUGGACUGUACUUGCUCUGCUAGGACCAUGUCCGUGACCUUUGCCCUCUUGCUCCUCCUGAGCCAGGCCACCGCAGACCCGUGCUACCAUCCAGGUGGCCGCCCCCGCUUCUGCCUCCCACCGGUGACCCAGCUGGCUGGCCUGGCGGCCUCCUGUCCCCAGGCCUGUGCCCUCUCCCUGGGGGCGGACCUCAGCCCCCGGGCCACCUGCAACGGGAGUCUGACCCUGGCCCUGGGUGGCCCCUUCCUCCUGACGUCCGUCAGCCUACGCUUCUGCACGCCAGGAUCCCCAGCCCUGGUCCUGUCUGCUGCCUGGGCCACCGGAGGCCCCUGGAGAUCACUGUGGCGCAGACCCGCCUGGCCUGGGGCCUUGGGGGGGCCCGAGAAGGUGACCUUCCGAGCCCCGCCGGGCCCUAAGUCCAGCGUGGUGGUCAGUCACCUCCGCGUGGAGUUCGGGGGCCGGGCGGGGCUGGCGGCAGGUGGCGUUCGAGGCCGCUGCCAGUGCCACGGCCACGCUGCCCGCUGUGCUGCCCGCGCCCGGCCGCCCCGCUGCCGCUGCCGCCACCACACCACCGGCCCAGGCUGCGAGAGCUGCCGCCCGUCCCAUCGAGACUGGCCCUGGCGGCCCGCCACGCCCCAGCACCCCCACCCCUGCCUGCCCUGUUCCUGCAACCAGCACGCCCGACGCUGCAGGUUCAACUCGGAGCUGUUCAGGCUGUCUGGCGGCCGGAGCGGGGGCGUCUGUGAGCGGUGCCGCCACCACACGGCUGGGCGCCACUGUCACUACUGCCGCCCGGGGUUCUGGAGGGACCCCGGCCAGCCUAUCACCAGCCGUAAGGCCUGCAGGGCCUGCCAGUGUCACCCUAUUGGGGCGACGGGUGGCAUCUGCAACCAGACCAGCGGGCAGUGCUCCUGCAAGUUAGGGGUCACCGGCCUGACGUGCAACCGCUGUGGUCCUGGCUACCAGCAGAGCCGCUCUCCCAGGAUGCCCUGCCAGCGAAUUCCAGAGGCGACGACCCCCCUUGCUCCUACCCCUGGCGCUUACAGCUCCGACCCUCAGUGUCAAAACUACUGCAAUGUCUCGGAUACCAGGGUAUACAUGAGCCUUUGGAGGUAUUGCCAGCAGGACUACGUUCUCCGCGCCCAGGUCCUGGCGUCAGAGGCGGCGGGCCCGGCGUGGCAGCGGCUGGCCGUGCGCGUGCUGGCCGUGUACAAGCAGCGGGCGCGGCCCGUGCGUCGCGGUGGCCAGGACGCCUGGGUCCCCCGCGCCGACCUGGCCUGCGGCUGCUUGCGCCUGCGGCCCGACACCGACUACCUGAUGCUGGGCAGCGCGGCCGGCGGCCCCGACCCCGCGCGCCUGGUCCUCGACCGCCACGGCGUCGCGCUGCCCUGGAGGCCACGCUGGGCCCGGCCUCUGCGGCGGCUGCAGCUGCAGGAGCGCGCUGGGGGCUGCCGCGGCCUGCGACCCCCCACCCCGAGCCCGGGGCCCGAGCCCUAGAGCCCCACC